GCGUGGACAAUCUCGGCGGACGGCGGCAGCCGCGCCACUUGCAACAGAAGCCAUACGCUGGGAACUUCAGACCUUGCCGUCUACGGUGCCUACGAUGCUGCGCGGACGGCGGAUCCUUUGGCGACUGCACCUGACAUCUAAUCCCCGAUCCACGACGCUUCGUAAACAGAACCGGAGGAAAUCGCACUACACAAACACACAGCACUAGAAAUCGAAUACCUAAAUUCCAAAAAGUCCCCAAAAAGAAAAAAAAAACUCCCCAUCGCGGCCGCCACGAGAUCGCCGUGCGCCGCCAUGUCGACCCCAGCCGCCGCCUACUACGCCGCCGCCGCGCGCAAGCAAUACUUCUGCUACCAAUGCAACCGCACCGUCCUCCUCGCGGCUUCCGCCGCCGCCGCCGGCGAGCUCUUCUGCCCCGACUGCCGCGGCGACUUCCUCGAGGAGGUCACCGUCCCCGCCCCUACCUUCGUCCCCUUCCCUUUUCCGUUCCCCUUCGCCUCCACCACGUUCCCCGCCGCCAACACCACCUCCACCACCGGCGGUUCCCCUUCCCUAUCGUCCUCGUCCUCCUCCGCGGCGACCUCCCCGUCCCCGCCCAACGACCUCCCCGCCUUCCUCAACAACCUCCUCGAAAUCCGCGAAGACCGCCCCAGGGUCGGCGCCGGCGGCUCCGGCUCGCGCGCCGGCGGCGGCACCGCGACCCCCGAGAACGAGCUUGAGGUCUUCGACCCGGUCGUAUUCAUCCAGAACUACAUCCACAGCCUCAUGGAGGGCGGCGCCAACAUCCAGGUCCUCCUCGACGACGCCAACGUCAGCCUCGGCCCCGGCCCCGGCCUCGGCCGCGUCGGCGGGGCAAGCUUCGGCGACUACUUCGUCGGUCCGGGUCUGGAGCAACUCAUCGAGCAGCUCGCCGAGAACGACCCCAACCGCUACGGCACACCGCCAGCCGCCAAGUCUGCCCUCUCCGCGCUCCCUGACGUCGUCGUGACAGAGGCCAUGGUCGCCGCGGUGGAGGGCACUGAGUGCGCCGUUUGCAAGGAGGAUUUAUCGCCUGGGGAGUUGGCCAAGCAGAUGCCCUGCAAGCACAUCUACCACGCCGACUGCAUCGUGCCCUGGCUUGAGCUCCACAACUCGUGCCCCGUCUGUCGCUUUGAGCUGCCCACUGAUGAUCCUGAUUAUGAGGGCCGUAAGGCCUCUAAUCCGCAGCCGGCUGUUGGCAUCGCUGCUGCAGCUGCAUCUGGGAGCUCUAGUGCUGCUCAGGAAGGGAGGGAGGAGAAUGCAAGGGUGGUUGAGAGGAGAUUCAACGUGUCUCUGCCAUGGCCAUUCAGUGGAUUGGGAGGGCAACCAUCGCAGCAGGAUGGGAGCAAUGGGGGAAGUGGCAGCAACUCACAGGACAGUGGCUCGCAGGAUGGCGGCACACCCAGCAGCAAGAAUUGAGCACAGUUGUGCUGAUAGUAGGAGAUUCACCUCUUGGCCAUCCGUUUGAAAAGCCUACAAUAUUUAUGUGUCGCUGUGACUAUACCUACAGACAUCAAAGAACCAAAGAAAUUUACAGUCUGUUAUGGAAUGAUUGUUCAUUCCUGUUAGGUCAUGUACAAAAGGCGCAAAAACUGCCCCCGGCAGAAUUUGUGCGUUGAGAGUUGAGACUUUAUGUGCAGAUUUAUUGAUCGAUCCCGUUUCAUCAAA